AGAUGCACUUCUGUGAUUGUAGACAAUGCUGUGUGUGAACAGGACUUUUAUUUUGGAGUGACGAUAUGACGUCAUAAGACUGCGCGCGCUCCUGCAUCUGUUGUGAUUCUAAAGAAAGAUGGCGUUUAUUAAAGAGGAGACUGAAGACAUAAAGAUUGAGUUUAUUAAAGAGGAGACUGAAGACAUGAAGAUUGAGUUUAAUAAAGAGGAGAGUGAAGACAUGAAGAUUGAAGAAACAUUCAGAGUGAAACAUGAAGAUACUGAGGAACAAACAGAUCUAAUGGCACUGAAAGAGACGAGUCAUGAACUUUAUGAAAGGGAAGAAGAGAAAGAACAUUACGAUGAACAUCAUGAUUUCAUGAUUGGAGAAAGAUUGACACAGGCUAAAAAGUCUUCCUCACAAAAAAGAGCUCAAAAGACAAGAACUAAAAGUUAUUUCACCUGCCAACAGUGUGGAAAGAGUUUUGAUCAACAUAGAAACCUUCAAGACCACUUGAGAAUUCACACUGGAGAAAAGCCUUACACCUGCAAACAGUGUGGAAAGAGUUUCACAUUUAAAGGAAACUUUAAAGUCCACAUGAGAAUUCAUACUGGAGAAAAGCCUUACACCUGCAAACAGUGUGGAAAGAGUUUCAGUCAAGAAGGAAGCCUUAAAGUCCACAUGAGAAUUCACACUAGAGAAAAGCCUUACACCUGUCAACAGUGUGGAAAGAGUUUCAGUGGAAAAGGAAACCUUGAAAUCCACAUGAGAAUUCACAAUGGAGAGAAACCUUUUACCUGCCAGCAAUGUGGACAGAGUUUCACACAUAAAGGAAACCUUAAAGUCCACGUGAGAAUUCACACUGGAGAAAAACCUUUCACCUGCACUCUGUGCGGGAAUGGCUUCACACGGGAACAAAACCUUAGGAAACACAUGAAUAUUCACUCUGGAGAGAAACCAUUUACAUGUGAUCAGUGUGGAAAGAGUUUCAGAUUUAAAGGUCACCUUAAGGUCCACAUGAGGAUUCACUCGAAAGAGAACGGUUUUAGAAGUCGUCACUGUGGAAAGAGCAGAGGUGUAAAGAGUAUCUGAAAACCAUUCUUGAGUAAAAGUACAGAUACCUGACAGCAAAAAUGACUCCAUUACAAGUUAAAAGUGACAAAUUCUAAUACAACUUGAGUAAAAAUCUUGGAGUAUCUGAUUUUUAACAUUACUUAAGUAUUUUACUCAUAGGCUCAGAGAUGCACUAGUCCUCGACACCUGAGAGAAAUGCCAGUAAAAAUAAACAAUUGAUUUGAUUGAUGAGAAAUCAUGUUUAUUUUCUAAAAUCAAAAUAAAACUGAACACCUCAACAUUGCAAUAAAUCAAGGUUGACACCACAGCCUCUCAAAAGUCUACAAAAAGUCUUAAUUAAGCGCAAGUGCCCAAAAACGCCACAAGUAAACCAAUAUCCUUCAUGAAGGUCUUGUCAAUACAGCGGGUAAAUAAUGUUAAGUAGUUAGUCAGCUUGCUCUGGAUGUGUUGGUUUCUGUCAGAGCCGGGACUAGAACUUCGGUCUCCGGCGUGAGAGUCAAUCCUUGAGCCAAUGGAGAAUGGUGAAUGUAACAGUAAGACGCACUUAGGAGAAGUUGAGAUGCAGAAUAAGUUUUUAAUAAAAGUUCGAGCAACAAAUAAUCCACAGCUGAAGCAAAAACAGCAAAAGAAGUUCUCAAAAAACAAAAACUGUCUAAAUGGGCAUUCCACAAGAAAUAAUCCAAAGAUUCAAAAGAUCUUGCAGCAAAAGCUCCAGAUGAGAAAGUCUACAAAAAAUAACAAAGGAAUAAUCCACAGGCAAGAGAAAAAUAAAAAAAAAGUCUCAGAGAUCGAGAACACUUACUCAGCGUUGCAUCCUGUGUGUAUAUCGCCACCUACUUCUGCUGUUAUGCAGUCAUGAUUUAUUUUUAUUAAAUUUCUUCUUUGUUUUUGCUCUUAUCUAAUUUUUCACAUAUACUUAUAUAUCUAAUUAAAUAUUUAUUGAUGCUCUAUCCUAUUUCUUCUUCCCAGGACCCACCUGGCGCUGCGUGUUCAGCUCCUCCAGACUAAAUCCGUGUUCUCCUAAGAUCCGGUAUAGACUAGAGCAUCCGUGUUCUAUAUUUAAAUCCUUUCACUUAGCCCAGUAAUAUAUAUAUUUAUAUUAUUAAUAUCCUCUAUCCAACUCUAUCUCUAUUAAAAUCAUAUCCUAAUAAAUAUUCUAAAUCCUUA